AUCAAUUUUGGCUUCAGUUAACUCCCUGUUGAUCAAACAGAAAACGCCUAUGCAUCGCCAAAACCCCACAACCCAAACCUUUCUCUCAGAUUAAAUCGAAUUGAAGAUGUCACCGCGGACCUUCCCUCGGGAUACUACCGCAGAAAUACUCCUAUUACUUCCUGUCAAAUCUCUGGUGAGAUUCAAGUUGGUUUCCAGCUCGUGGUGGUCUCUCAUCUCCGAUCCCUUUUUCAGAAGGACCCAUUUCAAUCGGGCGAUUCAGAACCCCGAGUUAUGUUCCCAGAAAGCGCUUCUAUCGACAUCGUCUCGAUUCAUGUUCUUUGACCCUGAAGAAUCUUUUGAGGUUGAUGGAAAUUCAGUGGUUGAUCUUCGGUUUCCGGAGGAAACACGCCAUCCCCACCUCAGAAUCGUGGGUUCCUGCAAUGGUUUGGUUUGUUUGGUUUCUUCUCGAAGCAGAGAUUUCUUCCUGUGGAAUCCUUCCACCGGAGAUUGCAACGAGUUACCAGAUGCUUGUAGUCCCCAAGGCAAUAGGUAUGCAUAUGGUUUUGGUUACGAUUCAUUUUCUGAUGAUUAUAAAGUUGUUUUAGUCACGGAUUACACCUAUGUCAAAAGGCUUUAUCUUGAGCCUUUGCCUCAAUUUCAGAAAAAAGUUGCAAUCUUUUCACUGAAAAAAAAUUCUUGGAAAAUCAUUCGAGAAAUCAAUGAGGCUGUGCACAACCUCUGUAGAAAUAGUUUUGAACCCUUUCCUGGGUCGACCUUUCUGAAUGGAGGAAUCCAUUGGAGAACUCGCUCAAUUCGUGAUAGGAACUACAAUGAAGUUAUUACUGCUUUUGAUUUAGCGGAGGAAAUAUUUUACCUGGUUCCAACCCCUCCCCACUCCCAUUAUCUCAAGUACUUCAACAGCGGGUUGGGCGUUCUUGGAGGGUGCCUUUGCUUGAUCUAUGCUUGUUUUUCUGACCCCUAUCCUUUUGAGUUAUGGGUGAUGAAGGAAUAUGGGGUGGAGGCAUCUUGGACUAAACUGUGUCGUCUUCUAAACCCAGAUGACACUUUCCUUUAUGGAGGACAUCAUCUCUCAGUCUCACACAAGGUUUUCUAUGAACCCUUAUGCAUGUGCACCUCAAAAGACAAUGCAUUUAUAUUGAUAAGAAGUACAAAGGAAGUAAUAAGGUUUAAUGAAAGAGGAGAAGUGCUUGAAAAAGUUGGUAUAUGUGAUGACUCGGACAAGUGUGAAGGAAUUGCAUUUGUGGAGAGCAUAGCCUCUGUGAACCAUCCAUGAACAGGGGAGAGAUAUUGAAAACCAGUAUAAUGUUCGUUUGGGGGGUCUGUAGCUGUGUAGCAAUGUUUUGUCCCUGUUCACUAGUUAUUGUAAGCUUUGUCAUUCAGAGGAUAUUAUUUUGUUCAUGUGAAGGAACACCAUAAUGUUAUAUUUCUUUCACAAGGAAGAAACCGUAGUAGCAGAAGUAUUAACCCUUGACAGUGUACCCAAGUUGAUUUGCCCUUUAAGGGGUAUACUGUUGCUUUUCAAUAAGAUUGGCUCCCUAGAGGAAUCAUGUGAUAUAUUGGGGGAGGAGGAAUUAGUUACUCCAAUGUUUCAGAGAUACUUUCUUUUGGGUAUUUUUUGCCUUUUCCCAUUUUAAAAUUAUUUUGUACUCUAAGAGUGUUAAUCAGGCUGCUGACAUGGUGGUUAAACUAAUGUCUUUUGUUCCUUGCCCCUCCCCCUUCUUUCCCCUGUGGAGAAUAUAACCUUUUGUAACUC